UGGGCGGGCGCGCCGGGCGGCAGGUGUCAGCGGCGUCGGCACUCGGCGGCGAUGGAGCGGCCCCGGGCAGCUGCGGACGGCCUGUCGCGCCGGCCCCGCGGCCUCGGCCUCCUCUUCCUCCUGCAGCUGCUGCCGCCCGCGACUCUCGGACAGGAUCGGCUGGACGCUCCGCCGCCCGCCGCGCCCCUGCCGCGCUGGUCCGGCCCGCUCGGCGUGAGCUGGGGGCUGCGCGCGGCCGCGGCCGGGGGCCUGUUCACCCGCGGCGGCCGUUGGCGCCGCAGCGCGCCGCGGCAGGACGGGGACUGCGGCGGGCUCCCGGGCUUCGUCGCCAAGCUGGCCAACAACACGCACCAGCAUGUCUUUGAUGAUCUCAGCGGUUCCGUGUCCUUGUCCUGGGUUGGAGACAGCACUGGGGUCAUUCUAGUCUUGACCACCUUCCAUGUGCCACUGGUAAUUAUGACUUUUCAACAGUCCAAGCUGUAUCGAAGUGAGGAUUAUGGAAAGAACUUUAAGGACAUCACACACCUCAUCAACAGUUCCUUCAUUCGAACAGAAUUUGGCAUGGCUGUUGGUCCAGAGAACUCUGGCAAGGUGAUAUUAACAGCCGAGGUGUCUGGAGGAAGUCGGGGAGGAAGAAUCUUCAGAUCCUCAGAUUUUGCAAAGAAUUUUGUACAGACAGAUCUCCCUUUUCAUCCUCUGACUCAGAUGAUGUACAGCCCUCAGAAUUCCGAGUACCUUUUAGCACUGAGCACUGACAAUGGCCUCUGGGUGUCCAAGAACUUUGGAGGAAAAUGGGAAGAAAUCCACAAAGCAGUAUGUUUGGCCAAAUGGGGAUCAGGAAACAGCAUCUUUUUUACCACCUACGUCACGGGCUCCUGCAAAGCUGACCUUGGAGCACUGGAAUUAUGGAGAACUUCCGACUUGGGAAAAAGCUUCAAAACCAUCGGGGUGAAAAUCUACUCAUUUGGUCUUGGGGGCCGUUUCCUUUUUGCCUCGGUGAUGGCUGAGAAGGAUACGACAAGAAGGAUCCAUGUGUCGACUGAUCAGGGUGACACGUGGAGCAUGGCGCAGCUCCCCUCUGUGGGACAGGAGCAGUUCUACUCCAUCCUGGCAGCCAACGACGACAUGGUGUUCAUGCAUGUGGAUGAGCCCGGAGACACUGGGUUCGGCACCAUCUUUACCUCUGAUGACCGGGGCAUCGUGUAUUCCAAGUCUUUGGACCGCCAUCUCUACACCACGACAGGCGGAGAGACGGACUUCACCAAUGUGACCUCCCUCCGUGGGGUCUACAUGACCAGCACGCUCUCAGAAGAUAAUUCUAUCCAGACUAUGAUCACUUUUGACCAAGGAGGCAGGUGGCAGCGCCUGAGGAAGCCUGAGAACAGUGAAUGCGAUGCAACAGCGAAAAACAGGCAUGAGUGCAGCCUCCAUAUCCAUGCUUCCUACAGCAUCUCCCAGAAACUAAACGUGCCCAUGGCCCCACUCUCAGAGCCUAAUGCCGUAGGCAUAGUCAUCGCCCACGGUAGUGUGGGGGAUGCCAUCUCGGUGAUGGUCCCAGAUGUGUACAUCUCAGAUGAUGGGGGUUACUCCUGGACCAAGAUGCUGGAUGGACCGCACUACUACACCAUCCUGGACUCUGGAGGCAUCAUUGUGGCCAUUGAGCACAGCAGCCACCCUAUCGAUGUGAUUAAGUUCUCUACAGAUGAAGGACAGUGCUGGCAAUCCUACACAUUCACCAAGGAACCCAUCUAUUUCACUGGCCUGGCUUCAGAACCUGGGGCCAGGUCCAUGAAUAUCAGCAUUUGGGGUUUCACAGAGUCUUUCCUGACCCGCCAGUGGGUCUCCUACACCAUCAAUUUUAAAGACAUCCUGGAAAGGAACUGUGAAGAAAAAGACUACACCAUCUGGCUAGCGCACUCCACAGACCCUGGAGACCACGAAGACGGCUGCAUCUUGGGCUAUAAAGAGCAGUACCUCCGGCUGCGCAAGUCUUCCGUCUGCCAGAAUGGUCGAGACUAUGUUGUCACCAAGCAGCCGUCCAUCUGUCCCUGUUCCCUGGAGGACUUCCUCUGUGAUUUUGGCUACUUCCGCCCAGAAAAUGACUCCAAGUGUGUGGAACAGCCAGAACUGAAGGGCCAUGACCUCGAGUUUUGUCUGUAUGGGAGAGAAGAGCACCUGACAACAAACGGGUAUAGGAAAAUUCCAGGAGACAGAUGCCAAGGUGGGGUGAAUCCAGCUAGAGAAGUGAAAGACUUGAAAAAGAAAUGCACAAGCAACUUUCUGAGUCCAGAAAAACAGGACUCUGGCCCACAGGGACACAGCUUGUCCCAGAAUCCAGCUCCGCCUCCUCUUGGAUACACUGAAAACACACACUUCCUAUCUCCCACCCAGAAGCAGAAUUCCAAGUCAAAUUCUGUUCCAAUUAUCCUGGCCAUCGUGGGAUUGAUGCUGGUCACAGUGGUGGCAGGAGUGCUGAUUGUGAAGAAGUACGUCUGUGGAGGAAGGUUCCUGGUCCAUCGAUAUUCUGUGCUGCAACAGCAUGCAGAGGCCAACGGCGUGGAUGGGGUGGACACCUUGGACACAGCCCCACAUGCUCACAAAAGUGGCUAUCAUGAUGACUCAGAUGAGGACCUGCUGGAAUAGCUCCUUCAAGGAAGCUGGAGCUGAGUGUGAAUGAUGGAACCGCGGUACCUCCUACACCCCCAUGGCUCCAGCUCGGGGGAAUAAAGUUCCCAUUGCGAGAGACCCAGCUCUGUUUUUGCUGCUUCCAUGAAAGCCAAAAGGACUGACACUAAAGACACGCCGGGUGGGGGUGGGGAACCGCACUUAUGAUUGGCUCCAAAAAGAAGGGAAACCAUUUAAAUUCUUCUAACUUUUCACCUCAAGUUCUAUUUUUUUGUAAAGUAUGGGCUUUGGUUUUGUUUUCUUGUCUUAAGGAUAAUGAAAUGGAAUUGGAAAGGGACCGACCAACCCCCGUCUUGUGUAUUCUGCGUGACACCUACCCCAGGGCAUCUGCCAACUCUGACAUCAACUCUCAUGAUUGGUGCUGACAAAGGCUCUGCUGGUGACACGAAGCAGUGGCUGCUGUGACAACUGGGGACUGUGGUGCCUAGCCCUGGGGUCAGCCCUGCUCCUGGAGCAUGGCCCACCAGCCCCUCACACAGUUCCCCGCUGCAGCUUUCUCUUCCACAGAGACCACAGGCCACCGUGAUUUUUCCUUUCCCCUGUUUAAUUAGGCAAUACCCUUGUUAAUUGCCCUUUGGCAACUAACUUAACCAUGUGCUUCCAAGACACUAAAUCAGGAAAAUGUUAACAGGGCAAUAUUUUUAACUUGGGGCAGGAAGAAGGGAGCAGCCGAGAACUGACUAGAUUUAGCACCUAUUAAAGGAGAAACUCAUGCUGCUUUUGAGCUCUUUCAAGCUGUGCUUUGUGUGUGUGCCAGUGGACUUGCUCAAGGACGGGGUCCGGGCUUGCCUGGAGAACUGCCCAGGCUGGGCGCACUCCCUGGAGCUGAUGGUGGUGCCCACGGGGCAGCCCCAAGGACUGAGCUGCAGUCUCCCCUUCCUCCUCUGGCCUGGUGGGGGGGUUGGCUUAAUGUCCUGUCAUCACAGUGGCUGUCUCUGCUGCUUGCUUCUGAGUUGCUCUUGUCCAUGGAGCCAGAACUUUAGAUAUUUUCAGAUUUAUAGACUUUUUAAAAACAAUAAUAAAGAUUUUAUUAUCAAGCUCUCUUCACCCAUUUCCGCCUCCCCUCACCCCAACUUUGCCAAGUCCUUUUUUUACACAAGACUUCUGGCUGAAAACACUUCCAGUCUAGAAGAUGCUUUGUGUAAUGCGUUAGAUUCAGAUUUUCAAUUUAAGGAAAUUUUCCAUUUGACGUUUCUUCAAAUUAAAUAUGCUAUAGGAUGCAGUUGGGUGGGUUUGGCAGUGGCCAUAUAGAAUAUGGAAAGCUGCAAUAAUUUGUUGUAAUACAGGUUGAACAUUUGCUAUAUAGGAACAUAGCAUAUUAAGCUUUUGAUCCGAAUGUAUCUACUGUGCUGGCCACAGUUUCCCCCAGAAAUGGUGAUUGGGAGAUUCUUUGGAAGAUACCACUUGCUGCUAGUUAAUUGUGUGGCUAAAAAGUCAAUUUAAACUCAGUGUGCCAAAUUAACUUCUGUCAGAAUGGGUGAGCAGAUGGCCGAGUUCUCUCCUCCCCAGCAUCAGGGAAGUGGGGGGGGGGGGGGAGGGUUUGAGGAGAGAGAAUUUGAAAAGACUUAAAACUGCAAUGAAAUUCAGUGAGUCAGGGAGCUCUAGUUAGAAAAUACAAUUAGAGCAGUUUCUGUGCAGAGAAUGAAUGUUUGUUAGAACAAGGGACACCCCCUUUGCAUACUUCUAAAAUCAGUUCCAAAGACGUGCCCACUCACAAAUCAUCACAGUGUGGUCAGCCUUUGCUCCACACUCACCUCUUUCCCAAAGUGGAUCUGAUGCCCAGAAAAGACCUGUUAGCACUGCACAGCUUCCUCCCUCAGCACACACCAUAUAUGGUAAUGAACUCUUUAGUUCCUAGGUGUAGGAAAGUUGAUGUUCUUUGCUUAUGGUGCUAUCUGGGAUUUCUGUAGACCUUAGCAUUCUCAGAGCACUUGAACUUGAAUGACAUCAUUUGAAUCGCACAGUGUUCUUGUGAUGGAUCUAAGAAACCAAAAGUGAGGAAACCAGGAAUGUUCCCUGUGUCAGGAACAGCUCUAGACUCUUGCCAUCACUGCACUGGCUAAGCGCUCAAUGCCACACCUGCUUUCUGAGAGGGGUUAUGCCACUUUGGGGCAGGGAUCAGGGGGUUAGGGGCAGACCGAGUAAGGCAUGCCACACAGUACUCUUUUGCCACCUAAGUGAGCAAAGUGCUUCUGCUGUUUUUUAUGGCUGAAACGGUACGGAAACCACCCCUCUGUCCCUCAUGAAGGUUGACUGCUGCAGGGCUGUGUGGGGGUGGGGUCCCGCUCCCAGCCCUGUCCCACACCUGCUGGUCAGCUCCACUGGUGAACUUCCACUGAGCUGAUUCCCUUCUCUGUAUGGCCAGUGGGCUUCCUGUCUGACCCUGACUCACUCAACAGAGUAGGCCUUCAGCAAGAGUAAAGUAGCCUAUGUUUGUGACAACUUCUUUCAAAAACAGAAAAGAAAACUUCCUGAUUUGUCCUGCUCAUGGCAGGAGAGUUAGUUAUCUUUGAGGAUACAACAUAGCCCAUUCCAAGCUUGAGGUGGUAAAGAGACUAUCCUUGGGAGGUUGCAAGAGUGUAAUUUGGCAUGUAAGAUAGAUUGGACACAUCAAACCAUCCAAAGUGCUCUGGGCUCCUAAGUCCAAAUGGAUAACACUCACCCUUCCUGCCCUGGACUUAAGGUAGCCUUGGGGUUUUAAAGUGAGAUCAGAGACAAGGGAUGGACACACCUUUGCUGUCGAUUGAAUGAGGAUUCUAUCUAGAAGGAGAAAGGCCUUUGGAAAGUUAUGACACUUCUGGGAAUAGUUCAGAAGAUUGGAUAGAUUAACUGUACCUGAAAUUGAGAAUUUACCACUUGCCUCCAAAUAGGCCUUCAGAGUGCAUCUCUUACUUGUAGAUUUGCCUCUGGUUUCCUGUAUGCCCAUACUGACCUUUCACCCCUGAUAGACUAGCAAAGUGCUGGCCACCUCCAUCUCCUGCAAUGAGCCUGUAAACCAUAGCUGGUUUUCCCAGGGCCUCUGUCACCAUACCAGCAUGCAAGGAAGAGCUCGGGUCCUCCACACCGGCUCCAGGGUAAUGACUAAUCCGAUUUCACGUUUUUAUCCCCCAGGCGUAGAGAGUCUCCAUUUAGGAGAGCUGUGUAGAGCCCCACACCUGUACACAUGGCCUAGAGUUCACCUUGGAAUUGUCGGUACAGCCCCAUUGCCCUCAGUUGAAGCCAGGAUAUUUGGAACUGCUAGGAUGGAAUGGAGUGCUGCCUUUAAACUUUGUCACCUUUCUUUAUAUAGGAAAGUAAACGUCCUGUGAACAAAACCAAAGUUUAAGAUUUGCCAUGUGGUGGAGUGACAGGGAGGAUUGGAGUCAGCAGGCGCCAGAGUUUGUAUUCCACCUGCCAGUGCUUUGCCCGGCUCCGGCAGCUCUGGGAACACUGACCUGCCCUCACAGAGCCUGGGCCUUGUCCUCCGGAAGGAGUAGUAAAGUAGCAGAAGCUUGUUGAUUUCUCAGUUGUGUUGCGUUACAACAACAUGUUUAUAAAUUUUAAUUUGAAAUUGUCAACAACUUGCUGUAUGCAAGGGUUUUUUUCGCAAUAGUACAUCCUUCAGCAUUGUUUAUAUGGAAUAGCAAACUAAUCUGUACCUUUAUAUAUAUAUAUCUAUGUACAUAUAUACAUGUAUAAACUGUAUAGUGUACAUGUUAAUGACUGAUUCGCCCCAGCUCCCUCGCUCCGCAUGCCCUCAGUUCCCUGAUGAUCCUGCCCAACUCCCCUCUAGAGAGGAGGUCGCACUCCCCUUUUCCUAGUGCACAGAAAUGCUCAGGGUCCCCAUGUGCCUGUGCCCAACCCUCACUUGUCUCUUGUCCCUUUUCUGAGCAUGUGGUCCCCCUCCCCCACCCACCACCUCCGCAAGCUGUGGACCACUGCCUUCCUAGGAGAGUGUGAAGCAGUAUUAAGAUCACUACUGCAUGUGCACUAGAAACCCAAGUUUUCUGUACCCAUGGGACAGAAAAAUUGCAUGUGAGGUGGGAUAAUCAAGUUCCAGUGAUCCAUGUCAGUUACACAGCAAAGCCAGACCCCAUACUAAAAUUCUACAAAAUGGAAAUAAAACUCCAAUUUCUUUAGCACUGUAUAAAUAAAUCUGAAUAUGUUUAA